UCUAAUCACACUACUACUACACAGAUCGUAGAAGAAAGAUAAUAUAUAUAAAAAAAAUGUCAGGAAUUAUUCACAAGAUCGAGGAGAAGCUCCACAUGGGAGGCCACAAGGAGGAGGAGAAGCACCACGACAAGGCGGAAGGCCACCAUAGCGGCGAACACAAGGCGGAGCACUGCGGCGGCGGCGAGCACAAGGCCGAGCAUAAAGGCGAGCACAAGGAGGAGCACAAGGAAGGGUUAGUGGAGAAGGUCAAGGACAAGAUCCACGGCGAAGGCGGCGAGCACCACGACAAGGAGGAGAAGAAGAAGAAAAAGAAGGAGAAGAAGAAGCACGGGGAGCACGGCCAUGACAGCAGCAGCAGCAGCGACAGCGAUUAGAUCCGUCCAUCGUCCGCCGUUGAUGGACUUAAUUUGCCGGCGAUGGAGUUCAGUUCUACUUCUGAUGAGAUAUAUGGUCGGAGUUUAUUAAAUAAUAAUUAAAAAAAUAAGUCAAACGUGUGUGUAUUUGUUGCCUUGUUUAGUGCGUAAUUACAUGUGUGUAUGGACUAUGGAUACAUGUGUGUUCUCUUUUUAACAGCGGUUAAAUAAAAAUGCUUACCUCUAAAGUCUAAA